AUGAAAUCGCUUCUGCUCUGCCUAUGCGUUGCAGCGGCUCUCGCCAUCCAAUGUGAAUACAAAGGAACAAAACAUUCUAAUGGAGAGACAUGGGCAGAAGGAAGUUUCAAAAUGAAAUGUACAGCCGACGCUAGUGGUUGGCAAGUAUCGAUUGCUGCUUGCCUGACAGAUCAGAAGACACCGAUUCCUAUUGGUGGAAGCAAAGUCGAAGGUGGUAAGAAGUACAUCUGCAAUGACCAAGGCGGCGGUAAGGUCGGAAUGAGCUGGCAGUCUGUCUGA